AUGUGGCAGAGAAGAAUUUGUUCAUUGCAGCACCCACCGGUACUUGAGCUAUGUGAAAAUCAAGGUAACGAUGUAUCACAUCGGGCAACACACAUGUCCCAUUACCUCUAUAUAACCGAAAAGAAAGAUGCCAAGAGUAUUGAGCAAUUGGUUCAUAACAAUCCCAACAUUAAACCUUCUGAAGUUCAGUCUGCCAUUAUUCUAACCACAGUUCAGCAGCAGAUGGACUGGGCUACUGUUGAAAAAGAAGCUGCUUCAACAAUUGAUAAGAAACAGAUAAGUACAGUAUCAUUAAACAAAGGGUGAAGGGGCAAUAUUCAACCAUUCAGGCAUAAUUUUAAGGCAGUUGUGGCUUUCAAAGAGUAUUGCAACAAGAACGAUACAUUAUAUGUGUAUAAAAUUAACAGUAGGAGAGGCAAUCCAGACAAGCCCUCCUUUGUGUUCAAGACGAGCAUUUUAGAGACAUUACCUUCAUGGCGGUAAGUAUGGAUGCUGGUGGAGAUAUUUCUUCGAUGGCAAGCACAAUCAUUGUCCAUCCAGAUUAUGUUAUGUUAACCGCAAGUGUUUAUCAUCCCUUGCUUUGUAGGCAGAUACCUCUUGCAAUCAUGGAAGUUGAGAAAGAAAACACCACAAACAUUGAUGUAGCUAAAAAGCCAUUGAAAUUCAAUCCAAUAGGUAGGUGUACUGAUAUGGCUAGAACAAACCUGUCAGGAAUUUAUAAGGUUGUUGGUGAUUCUGUUCAAAUCAAAUCUUGUGAAUUCCAUUUCAAGGAUCACAGAAACAACAAGGUUAAAAAAUGGGACCCAGAUAGUGCAGGUGAAUUAAAAAUCCUGUGUAAUGAUCUACCGAACAACACAACAGAAAAUGCAUACAUAGGAACAAAUUGA